CUACGCAUAUCGCAAAUCGAUAUCGAAAUCGCAUCGGUGUAUCGAUACAUUUUUUGUUUAUUUCGCACGUGCCGCAGUGAAGUAAAUUCGGAUUUGAGAUUGCAUUUUCUUAGUACUUCACUGGACGAAGCAACAUGGACACAGGCGAGGCGCUGAAGUCCUGGCUGACGAAAACGAACAAGCCGUUCGCGGCACGUGUUGAGUUCGCUCUGAAGGUAUGGCAGUCCGUGGAGUUCCCCUACCUCAAUAAGUACGAGAUCAUCGCCGGCUGGCUGGCGAAAUCAUUGGGUGGGUGCAAGGAUGUACCCUUCCAGCAACUCAAGGAUUUCCUGAGCCUGAGGGCGCAGCCUGGCUGGGUUACUCAGACGACGAAAUGCCAGCUGAUCCACGCUCUGUACGAGAUUGUCUCCCGGGAGGAGAACGCAAACGAGUCGGCACUGGAAGUCCUGCCCAUGGUUCUCAGUUCUGAGCUGCUCCAGGAUGCCCUGCGGUCCAGCAACAAGCUUCUAUUCGAAUGCUAUGGCAGCCUGUUCAGAUGCCAUCAAAAGUGCGUCGAACUUCGCAAGGAUAACAAUGAUCGGAAUGAGAGCCAAGACCACUGGGAUGCAGAGUUUGUAGUUCCUGUGAUCAAGCAGCUGGCAGAGAUGGUUCGCCGCUCUCAGGAGCCUGAAAAGCUGUUAGAAGAGUACAAUUCUAAAACUGUUCGUCCUCUUGUAGAGCUGCAUCUGACCUUAAAAACUCCAUGCCUAGACGAACUGGCCGAGCUGGAAAAGCAAAUCAAGGCGGAGUUUGGCAUCACACGGAUUAAGGACUUUCCGCUGCAUGUCAGCUUGAUCCUUUUGGAGGCUAGUGUCCUGAACAAUCGCUUCCAAACAGCUAAUAUCAGCACCAUUUUACCGUGUAUAUUUAACACAGAGGCAUUAUCGCAGUCAUCGCUUCAACUGGCCGCCCAUUUCCUAAUGUCACUGCGUAAAUACAAUGUAUCCCUGCAGUUUGAAAUGGAAAAUUUGUCGAUCACCGCGUUUGCAUAUGUUUCUGAUCAGCUGCUCCGCUUGGUGCGAGAGUACAAGAAGUCCAAUUUAAAAGAGGUUUUAAUACUUCUCUGCUCUGCGUUGCGGUAUAAUCCUCUUCUGCUGGAGCAGAGUGUUUACCAGAUAACCGUUUGGAUGCUCACGACACCCAAGGAGAAUGCCCAGGUGGAGGAGCUGUAUUCGGAGUACCUUAUCCUACUGCUGGACAUGUUUCGCCGCCUUAGUCGCGCAGAGCGGUUUGUCAUCAAUCUCCUCAAGGUCCUAGGAGCAUGGUUGGGAAAGUACACUUUGGAUGUUCCCCCUAACGAAGCUAAGAAGCGACGCACCCAAGACUCUAAAAUGAUUGAAGCUAAAGGCCAUCAGUUGGAGGAGCGCUUUUUAGGAAAAAUUUUUAAUAGAAUCCCUUUAGCCACAGCUCCUUCGGCCAAUGACGCUUUCAAGCAGCUGUGCCAAACGUGGCCAAGUCACUCAGCCGGUGUGGCUUUCACUCGUUUGAUUAGCAACCUGAUGAGCAAAUCCUCUCUGGUGAUUUGGAAAACCCUGUUGCAUUCCUUCGCGGAACUGCUUGAGGAGGAUCAGCCGAAAGAAGUCCUGCCCGAAAACCUGGACUUUGCUCGCGAACUGCAUGCCGCGCUGCUUUGCCAAUAUUUAAACGGCACUCGGCUGGCUGAGCAAGUGCAACUUUAUCAUCUGCAAGUGGAGCAACAACUACAGCACACUUGCCAGGUCCUGGAGCAGUUUGGACGGCUUUUACUACGCCAGGAGCACAACCGCCGGCUUAUGAAUGCCUUUCUGGAGUGCACUGAGCGAGCCAGCGGCUUAGAGCUUCUGUUGGCGUACUACUGGCCAGAUGGUUUCCCCGCCAGCCAGCGGCCAGUGCAGCUAAGGGGUUUCCUGCCCACCGCCGAGUGGACAUUGAUCCAGCAAAGGGUGUACAACUUCGGCAAGAGCUGCUGCCGGCAGAGAUUGCAGCGUUUGGAGCUGCAGCUUGUUGAGAGUGGUUGGUUGUUGAAGGACCAAAGGGUAGCCAAUUGUUCGGAUGCCCUGGCUGAGUUAGUCCCACCGCAUCAACUCUUUCGCCUAUCCAGACCCCAGAAGCUGCUCCGUUUGCAUCAAAGGAAACAUAAUCAAAGCUUGGAAGCCCAUCAAAAUGAUUCGGAGAGCAUUGAGGUGCUUACAUUGCAGUUGCUUAAAGAAUAUGGAGCAGAGGCCAAAGAAGCCAAGGCAAAGGGGUCACUAUUGGUCAAACUGAAUCUGGAAGGGCAGGUGGAGGAGAACUCGCUGACGCAAUUCCUAAGGGAUAACGCGUCGGUGGAAAUUGACUUGCAUUUGCCCCCGGCCCAGGUCCUGGUCGAGACUCUGCAUGGCCUGCCAUUGGCUCAGAUGCCCCGUAACAUUCGAUCGCGCCUUUGGCUGGUGAUCUUUGUUCUAUACAGGGAUCUCAGUCUUAGCCAUCAGGAGGAGAAUGCCAAUCAGAUUCUGGAGCUACUAAUAGAUCUUAUGCAUUUUGGCCAUCCGCUUCCCAUAUGCAGCUACUUCCCGCAGCUUAGCGAACUGCUUCACCUUAUCCCCACCAGCACGAAGACGGGUUGGAGCUUCUACGAAACACUUUUUGCCCGUUGCAUUCGCCGGCAGGGUGCCGGUAGUGAAGCAUUUCUUGCAAGUUGCACGGGCUUCUUUAAGGAUCAACUGGCUGUGCUAAACAAAUUGCCAGCGGAAGAGCGUCGUCUUUUGUUGCUGGCCAUCGAAACACUUAGCAGUGUAACUGGAGCUCAGGGCAGACGAUUGCAAAGCCAGCUACAGCCACUUAUUGAGAUCUAUGGCGAAAUGGUGACUCACAAGUUUCGCUCCAAGAACAAGGAGGCAUCUGCUUACAAGGAGUUCGUGGAUAGCACGCUAUCAGGUUAUGCAACUUACGUGAGCAAUUGCAUCAAUAGCGUGGUCAGGCAGGAGCGGGAAGAACAGCAAAAGAAAAAGGAGUCGGAGAGUUCAGAGAUAACGAAGGCCGAGCCAAAAAAGAAAAAUAAGGAUCCAGAUACAGCGAAGGUUCAGGGGGAGGAGGACAAUGGAAAGCGGAAGCACCUGCAACCCAUAGAUGAAAACUUCCGACGUAUCUGUAAGAUAUACAUUGGUCACUCGUUGAACUAUCGCGAUGCUAAUGCGAUACGCCUGCUGAAUGUGGCGCUCACCCAUCGUCAGCGUUUGCAUUUGGAUCCGGACGAGAUAGAGUUCGUGUUAAGCAGCUAUUGGAGGCAAUUGAAUACAGACAUUGAGGUGGGCGACACUUUCUCCAGUUCAGCACUGGAUUGUCUGGAGCCGGCCAUUAAGCUGAUCAUUGGCUAUAAGACUAACGAGGAUUUCCUACUGCUCCUCCGCCGUCUUUCCUCACAAGUGGAGCAAAUGGCACGCCCUGCGUCGCAAACGCAGCACACGGCGCUCCAGAAUGUGCUAACCCUUUUGGCUCUCUUUGCCAAAUGCUCCUUAAGCAGCGUGAAGGGAGCGAUGCUUAAUGAGCAUUUCGAGGUGAUCAGUGUGAGUGUUGCACUGCGCCUACCGGAACCCAAAGACUUGGCAUAUUCUGGUCAUGCCCUUCGACUCCUGGAGGCCCAGCGCAAUCUGGCCGGAAAUCGUACGGUCCCUCUCACAGGAGAGUCCCUGGAUUGCCUUCUCGGCAGCAUGUUGGAUGUAGACAUCAAGCACUUGAUCAGACACGGCGGCAGUUGGCAGCACUUUGUGGAUCUGUAUAGUGCACUCACAGACAACCUGAUUGUGCUGUUAAAACAACACAGUAACCUGAUGUCAGACCGAGCAGCCCAGCUCAGUGCCCUGUGCCAGGAUCUCAUCCAGGCCAUCGUUGGCUAUCGGGCGGAAAGAAAGCAGACACAGGACAUAAGUGAAACGGAGCUGGAUGGUUUGGCGGACUUGGGUCUGAAACUGGCUACUGUGAUGGCCACAGUGAGCGCCACGCAGGCACUGGCCGUGAAGAGAGUCGCGCCCUUCCUGCUUAUCUUCACCAUUCGCCAAAUGGUGGCAACCGAAAGGCCCACGACGCUGUUCGAAAAGAUCAAAGUCCACAUAGUGCGCGUGUGCCAUGAACUGAUAGGGAUUUGCGAUCACCGUGCCGGACACUUCAUCCUACGCUCCAGCAAUGAGGCCGGGGCCAGGAUGUACGAAGGAUUGGUGAAGGAUCACGAGAAGUACCACAAAUUCAGGGGCAAGGUGUAGGUAGAGACAAGGAACGGGGAGUACACCUGUACAUUUUUUUAAAAUUCCAAAUCUUAAAAAAAAUAUAUAAAAAUGAUUGCCCUA